UGAAUCUUAAUAUAACUAGCCACUAUGGGUGGUGGUCCUCUACAUCUUUCGCCCAAUUUUGAGGCUCGAUUUUCCCGUAUAGAUAUCGCUCCUAAUGAUAUCCAAAAGGGUAUGGAAGCUUCUCCGCGACUGCCAACCACAAGAUCACCUAAAAAGAAGUAUCCGCAACAUAUAUUCCCAGGAGGAACCGGUGUGGGUGCAGUUCCCUUGACUCCUGCUUGUCUGCCAAAUUUAUCAACUGCCAGACGAGCAGAGUCUAGACAUAAAAAUAACACCCAGGUAUCUCCAUCAUCACGACAAAUAGAUGGAACUACUCCGAAAACUCCCGUUAAUCAAUCAAGAUCUUUAUUACAGGUACCUCCCUUGAAAACGCGUUCUAUUUCUGUCAAUAAGCAAUUACUCCCGCCUAAACGUGCUAUAAGCUAUCCCAUGUCGCAAGCGAUAGGUGUAGACCCUACAACAACCCGACCAGACUAUCAAUUUUCAUUUAUGCGUGGGACAUCAUCAUCUGCGAAAAAGAAAGUUAGUCCCACACCAAUAGAAGCUACAUCACCAACUCAAGGUAGAACUACAAAUGUCAAGAAUAAAGAUAUCCAUACAAUUCCUUCAAAUAAUACAUCAACGUCUAAUAGAAGAAAUGAUGUAAAGCGACUUGAUUAUACGAUGAAAAGAAGACCUUCAGGUAAACCAGCAACUAGACCAAGACGUAUAAAUUCAUACGUUGGUCCACCAUCAGUGAAACCUGAACCCACAGCAACAUCUAAUUAUAGUUAUGAUUCCUUUAAAUUUACUCCAAAAUCAAGUGGUCGUCGUACUGUAUCAUCACAACCAUCAGAACCUCCAAUAAAUCGUACAUUUCGAGGUGCCACUAGAAACACAUCUCAGCCACUUAGUUUGAAUUCAGAUGAUGUCUACAGUCGUCUUUAUAAUAACUCAUAUAAAAGGAAGGUAUCAUCUACUAAAAACAAUAUUAUUCCGAAUGCAGCCCCAACGGCAAAUUCAAUGGUGCAACCAACUAUAAAAGAUAUUGAAUCUGAUAAUAGAUUGAAAAAAGUUCAAAAUUUAAAGGAACUUUAUAAUAUUAUAUAUGAGAGAGAUCCACUGGUAUUUCAAGCUACCGACUCUCAAAAUUUGGAAGUAAAUGAUCCAAUUCAGCCACAUGAAGUUAUUGGUGAUAGUACAGAUGGUGGAUCUUCUUUAACGAUAUAUGAACGUGGAGAAAUUAUCAGAAGAAAAGAUAUCUAUUAUUUUCUAGGGAAAGGUCAAAGGACGGAAGGACAUCAUGAUCCAAGAGAUAUAAAUAUUAAGAAUUAUGAUGAAAACUUUGGAUUUGAUGAUAAAAAUGGGAAUUAUUUGGUAGUUCCACAUGAUCAUAUCAACUAUAGAUAUGAAAUUAUAAACGUAUUAGGAAAUGGAUCAUUUGGGAAUGUUGUGAAAUGCAAAGAUCACAAAUAUAAUAAUUCAAAUAAAUAUGCAGCUGUUAAAAUUAUUAAAAGUGAAUUGAAUUGGUCCUUACAAGCAGUAUAUGAAAUUAAAAUGCUUAAACAUUUAAAUGAAGCUUUUAGAAAAAAAUGUCAUAACGAAGAUAUUCAAAACUUCCCUAUCUUAGCAUAUUAUGAUCAUUUCCAUUUCAGAGGACAUAUGUGUAUUGUUACAGAAGUUUUGUCAUUAAAUCUUUUUUCAUUAAUUGAAAUGACAUCAUACAGAGGGUUUUCACUCGAUAUUAUUAAACAUUUCAGUUCAAGCAUUCUUAAAGGUUUAGAAUUUAUUCACAAAGAAAAUAUUAUUCAUUGUGAUAUAAAGCCAGAAAAUAUUAUGAUUAAAGUACCAUCAAAUUUCAAUCCUAAUGAUAGUAUUGAUCGUACAGUGCUUGUAAAAAUUAUUGAUUUUGGUUCCUCCUGUUUCAGUAAUGAAAUUUCAUAUUCAUAUAUUCAAUCAAGGUAUUAUCGAGCCCCAGAAGUUGUUUUGGGGGCAAAAUAUACUGAGAAGAUUGAUUUAUGGUCUUUUGGAUGUGUUAUUGCUGAAUUAUUUACAGGAACUCCAUUACUUCCAGGGAAGAAUGAAUUGGAGCAAAUUGGUUUAAUGUUGGAAUUAUUUGGAGCUCCUAAUAGUUCACUUAUUCUUAAUUAUAGAUCUAAGUUAUUAAAAUCUAUUGAAGAGCAAAAGUCUGCAUCCAAAGUGGUGGACCCAGCGGCAGCUCCAACUUCUUCUUAUGGACCUCGAGUGGAUGAAAAAUCUAUUAAGAAGACGCUACUUUACUCACUAUUUGAUAUGGGAGGAAAGAUAAAUCUCCAAUUUUUGAAUCUUAGGCUUCAAGCAGUUAGAAAUCAUAAUUCUUCAGUACUGGGACCAAAUAGUUCCAAAAGAUUCAUCAAAUUGAACUCCAAAAUCCUUGAUGUCUUGCUUAAAGUAAGUACUGCAAACGAAAAUAAAAAGGAUAUACAGAAUUUCUUAAUAUUCUUACAAAGCAUAUUUCAAUGGGACCCUGCUUCAAGACCCUCAACAACGCAUUUACUAGCCAGUGUAUUUCUUGAAUAGC